AUGACCACCACGCCCUUCAAAAUCUCCUUCUCGACCGCCAAACCCGCCGCCACCAAAAGCGGCGUCAACCCAUUCAACAAGCGGCCCUCGUCCACCACCGCCCCGAGCCACGAACCCCCGACCAAGCGCGGCCGCCUGCUCGGCGACGACGAGCCCGAGGAGAAGGAGGAGAGAUUGGAGAUUGCGGGGUACGAUGUCACUGCCGGCGGUGCCAUCAGGGUAGGCGGGGAGAAGGCGGAGAAGGCGCCGUUGGUGAUUCCUUGCUUGCCGAAUGAGGGGCGAUGGGCAGGGUUGGGGUCGAGGGAGGGGGGGAAGGAGGAGGAGGAGGAGAAGAAGAAGAAGGGCAAGGAAGAAGAGGAUGAGUCCAAAGAACACGAAGAGCCCGUAUCCUACGGCUUGACCAUCGUCCGCAAAUCGCCUCCCGCCGCCCAACGCAAUGGCACAACGACGACCACAACGACGACGACUACCACCACCACCACACAGGAAGAACCGCCCGCCGAAGAAGACGACGCCAACCUAACCGAAGAACAGCGACUCGAGAAGCGCGCCCUCGCCGCCCUGCUCAACCCGGACGCCUCGGCCAACAAAACCGUUAUCCCCAUCCACCCAGACGAAGACGCCGCCUUCUCGCACGACUAUGCGUCCGCGCCCGACGCACCCAGUCUGGACGACUACACUGCCGUUCCCGUCGACGGGUUCGGCGCCGCACUGCUACGGGGUAUGGGGUGGAGGGAUGGGGAACCGAUUGGGCGGAAAAGAGAAGCGAAACCGAGGGAAAUCAAACGGCGACCGGAGUUUCUGGGGAUCGGAGCCAAGGAGGAUAAAGUGGUGGGGGGCAGCGGGACGAGCGGGUGGAAGAGGGGCAAGAAAGAGGGGGAUGCGGGCGGGUAUUUGCCUGUUGUGUUGAGGAAUUCGAGGACGGGGGAGAUUUUGACCGAGGAGCAGUUGAAGGAGAGGAUGGAGAGGGAGAAGUUGGUGGAGGAGGAGAAGGAGGGGGGUAGCAGUAGGGAUGGCAAGAGGGAGAGGGAAAAGGAGAGGGAGAGGCGGAGGGAUCGAUAUGAUGACGACUCUCGCGACAAGCGUGAUCGUGGUCGAGACCGAGACGGUGACAAGAGCCGUACUAGCGAGCGGGAGAGGGAGAGUGAACGAGAUAGAGAUAGAGAUUCUCGCCGCAAGGAAAAAGAGGGUGACCGUCGCCGCCGCGACGACUACGACUCCUACGAUGAGGAGCGUCGGCGCGAGAAGAAGCGGGAGCGGGAACGUAGAGACAGGGAUAGGGAUAGGGAACGGAGUCUUGAUAGCGAGGAUAGGAGGAAGCGCCGGAGGGAGUAUGGAUGA